AUGCCAGCCCUCGAGUCGUCGCUGCUCUUCGUCGCCUUUGGCUGCCUGCUCAGCCUGCUCCUCAUCCGCGCGCCUCUCGACGCCUGGUCGCCGGCGACGGCACCUGCCUCGCCGCCGUGUCCGCAUCCGCCUCACAACCAUGCCUACCCGCCUACCGCCCCGCCACCGCCACCAGCGGCGCCUGGAGGGAUGGCGCCGUACCAGCCGCCGUAUCCGUAUCCGCCUGGCGGGCCUCACGCGCCAGCAGCACACGUGCAGUCGCAUCCAGGCGCCUCGGUCUCCUCGUUCCUCGUGCUGCUCAUCGCGACGGCCAUCAUGGGCUGGCUCAGCUGGACGACGGUCUGGCCAGAGGCGGCUGCGGAUGCAGGGGGCACGACUGGCGCGGCAGCUGCAGCGGAUGGGGCGGAUGCUGCGAUCAAGGCAGAUACAGCAGGCAGCAAAGAUGAUGAGAAGAAGCCAGAGGAGGCUCCAGCAGCCAAGGACGAUGAGUCCGAGGUCGAGGCCGCCGCAUCGCCCACGAUCUCCUCUGCUGCCGCAUCUGCUGGCUCGAUGAGCUCGCCGACGUCGAGCAGGCAUUCGUCUGGCAAGAGCAAGCACAGUCAAAGUUCUGCACGGCCCUCUUCUCCUCCGCCACGGCCGUCGAGCCCCGAGCCAGAGCCAGCGCCAGAAGAGCCGCACACAAGGAUAGAGGCACUGGCCGCUGCGCUGCCGCUGCCCGAGGUCGUGCGCAACGUCGUCGAGGCGCUGUCGAAGCCGCUGAAGGAGGACAAGCCGGCUGCGGAAAGCAGCUCUGCAUUGGGCGACAAGCAGGAUGGCGGUCACGAGAAGACUUCAUCGCCGGCGCCCGAGGAAGUCGUGUCGGAGCCGCCGACGGCGAUGCCGGAGCGCAGCAGCUCAGCCGUGGCCGAGCUGGCGGCGCAGCGUGGCUUGACGACACGGCCGCCAGCGGACCUGCUCGAGCGUGCCACGCAGGAGCUCGUCGCCAAGCAUCCGGAGCUGGCACGUGCAGGCGCAGCGGACGUCAGAGGUGAGCCUCGUUCGGACUGA